UCGCGUUUUUGGUUUUUCUAUCACAAGUAUGCAGAAGUAUUUUCAGACAACAAGGAUUUUAUUGAAGAAAUACGACGGGGAAGGUUUAACAAGUGAAGGUGUUGGUCUUUUGAACGGAACUUAUUUCAAUCUAAACGAGACAGUAUGUCAGUUACAAAAGAGAGUCGAUGUUAUUGAAGGAAUGACAGAUGUCGCCAAUCAGUGUGAAUGUAACAAAGAAGCGAUUCUAGAGUUCAAACGAUCAAUAUCCAAUGAACUUAAAGACAUCUCAAAAAUCCUGUCUGGCUUUGAAAAUGAUCUUCGCAUUUUGGAAAAUGACCAGGAAGGUUUACGUUUGAUACUAGACGGAGGGGAUAGCUACGAACUGGUCUGUGAAGAUGGCUGGCUUCUGUCACCUGGGAAAAAAUGCUACUAUGUCUCCACUACUUCAGAGAAAACGGAAUGGGCUACAGCCAUUAAUCGAUGUAGAGACAUGGGGGCAAAGCUAGUGGAGUUUAAAACAGAUGAGGAAGCACAAUUUGUGAUGGGCAAUCUACCAGAACGUGUUUCGACAAGUCACAUAGUCUAUACUGGACGUAAGAGCGAUGACGCUGGCCGAUGGGUUUUUCUCAGUAGCGACGAGAGAGUCGAUACGUCCGAGAGGUCAUGGAGUACCGGAGAGCCAGAUGGGGGAAAGCAGACGUGCGGUUGUACCCGAAAGUCAAACGACUUCCUAAUGUUGGAUUGCCUGUGUACUGGAUUUUAUCUCUUCUAUAUCUGCGAGAAUUUGCCCAGUACUAUUACUAUGACCACCCCCGAACCUACCACUGAACCAAGAAACUGUGACGAUGGCUGGAUCACAUCCCCGGACAAGUGCUACUAUGUGUCCAGUUUUUCGGAGAAAACGGAAUGGGCUACAGCUAUUAGCCGGUGCAAGUCGAAGGGAGCAAUUCUGGUUGAGAUCAAAACGGAUGAAGAAUCCCAAUUCAUAAUGGAAAAUCUGCCGAGCCGUGUAGGAGAUCUUGUGUAUACCGGUCGACAGAGGAACGACGCAAACAUUUGGGUUUUUGUCAGCAACGACGAGAAAGUUGAUACCUGGGUGAGAUCGUGGGCUAGAGGGGAACCGAAUGGUGGAAGUAGCCAGGAAUGUGGAUGUACUCAAAAAACGGAUGACUUUCUGAUGCACGACUGCUUCUGUACCGGGUAUAGUCUGUACUAUAUCUGUGAGAUAGGGCGUUAGUCAUAUUCUGUACCGGGUAUAGUCUGUACUAUAUCUGUGAGAUAGGGCGUUAGUCAUAUUCUGGAAAAAAAACAAUGACGCCAUAAAAAUACUAUAAAAUGUAUGGUUAAUAAACCACUGUUAAAAGGAAUAAACAUUUGAACGAGAA